AUGCUCUCUCUCCGAAUGAACCUCUCUCCCUCACCAAUGCUAACAACUCAAUCCUCAACAAAAACCCUUCCCACCACCACUGUUACACCUACUGUCACCACCAAACGACGAGCAAUAGUCUUCAAUUCAAGCCUCGUUGUUGCCUCAUGGCUUAAUCUCCUCAAUCUCACUUCAUCACAAUCACAACAGCUUCAAGAUGAACUUCAACAUCAAGAAGACCACCUUGUGCAACUUUUUCAGGAAACUUCACCAUCAGUUGUUUCCAUUAAAGACAUUGAAUUGACCAAAGAUCCCAUGAACUCUUCUAAUAUAGCCGUGCUCGAUCACGACGAAGAUGCGAAAGUGGAAGGCACCGGUUCAGGCUUCAUUUGGGAUAAAUUUGGCCACAUAGUUACCAAUUACCAUGUUGUAGCUAAACUGGCUACUGAUACGAGUGGUUUACAACGUUGUAAGGUUUUCCUAGUUGACGCUAAAGGGAAUAGAUUUUCCAGGGAAGGGAAAAUAGUUGGUUUUGAUCCAUCAUAUGAUCUAGCUGUUCUGAAGGUUGAUGUUGAUGGAUAUGAAAUAAAGCCUGUUCUUCUCGGUGAAUCUAAGAAUUUACUUGUUGGGCAGAGUUGCUUUGCCAUUGGGAAUCCUUAUGGAUAUGAGAAUACUCUCACAACAGGGGUGGUCAGUGGUUUAGGCCGCGAGAUACCUUCUCCCAAUGGAGGGGCUAUCAAAGGAGCUAUUCAAACAGAUGCAGCUAUUAAUGCAGGAAAUUCGGGUGGACCAUUGGUUGACUCUCAUGGCCAUGUUAUUGGAGUAAACACAGCCACCUUCACAAGGAAAGGGACUGGAGCUUCAUCAGGUGUUAACUUUGCAAUUCCCAUGGACAGUGUAAUUAGAAGUGUACCAUACCUUAUUGUAUAUGGAACACCUUAUAGUAAUAGGUUUUGA